AUGUGGUCGCUACUCUUGAUAUCAUUAUUGCUCAAAGCCUUUAUACCAGUCUAUGUUUCCGGAUAUAAGAUUGACCAAUCUUGUGAAGACAAAGGCAUCGCGCAGGAUAUCCGGGAUGCCAUGACGUCCGCUUUCGAGAAAGCUUACGAUGCAUAUGAAAUUUUGGUUUCCCCUCCCUUACACGCCGAGGCGCUCGAACUCCUAGGGUUCCUGUUCGCGAAAGACGGCGUGGACCCCGCCAAACUUGUGGAAGAGGGCAAAAUGGCAAAGACCAUCAGCGUAUUGGAGAGUAUAAACACCAACAUGCGGAACGAAGUCGUUUUUUGCCAUUUCAAUCGGUGGAAGCCUGUUGAAGGAGAGGAAGGCCUCUGGCGAGAUACUACAAAUGGUAUCAAGUUGAAAUUCAAGGAGCAACAAUGUAGAGGAGGCACUAAUCUUGACAAAGUCGCUCUGGCUGUGACUUUCAACCCGGAGACAGAAGAUGAGGACAUUACCUGGAGGAAUGGCGUACCGAUGGAAAGCAGACAACCUACCCAGAUUCAGCUAUGCACGUGGUUCGUUGACUGGAUCAAGCAGAAGAAGUUCAAGCUUUCUGACGACGCUCAAAGGAGGACGAAUAUUGGUAGGGCGAUGAUCAAUAUGGCUGAGUGGAAUAUGUUCGGUCUUACACAGAUUGAUGCCUUCAACCUUUUGGAUAAGGUCCUCUUACAUGAGAUGACACACGGGCGUGGUGCUUAUAUUAGAUAUAAUGAUGGUAUGGUAGAGGCAGAGGGCCUCGCAGAUGUUUCGUCUACUACCCGACUUCUUGGACUCUUUACGUCGCCUGCAUAUGGAUGGAAGGCAGCAUUGCGACUCGCCCGUGAAGGAGAUGACCUUGGGGGAGAAGCCGCACCAGACAACAACGCCGACACCAUAGCUCUCUUUGCGAGCGGCUCUUGGUUGCUCAAGAACAAAGCCAAGAUCGAUAGCAAAGGCCGAAUAGUAAAGAGGACAGGAGUGGCUUGA